CAGGAUUACAAAUAAUAUAGUUUAAAAUUUAACUUUUUAACUUUUAUGCGAUAUAGUUGGAUUUACUUAUGUUCGUUCCUAGUUCUAAGAAUUUAGACAAAAACAGAUUAAAGUUAACCUGCAUUGACAGCUUGAUCAUCGAUCAAGUUAAUCGGAAUUUUGGGGGAAAGUGCUUCGAACUCCGAGCACGUACUACGUAUCCAUUUUCCUUCAUCAGGGGGUUUUUUCAAGUUCCUCGGGUGAGGAGGUUAGGUGCCUUGUACGCUACUUUUCCUUCCUCACGUGCAAAAGGGGUUAACCUAAGAGGUGUAGAGUGAGCGCAGAGACCGCGGAGCACUGGAGCAGACGGUUGUUCACUGACGGGGAUGUCGUGGGUGUUGCGUCUUGCCCUUGCGUCGCGCAGCGGCGAGACCGAGACUCGAGAUCAAUAAUAAGGAUUGCAGCGGCGCGGCGUCGCGCAUGACUGAAUUAUUUUGCGAAUUGCAACAAUCCCGAGGAGGUUAUGACGACGACCGGGGCCCAUGGUCGAUCCCAUAUGAUUCCGUCGUCUGACUCGCGGGACGGAUAGAGAAAGCGCGGCAGCCGGUGUUCACGGUCCUCGAAGGCAGACGACGACGACGGCGACGAUGUUCGAGGGGGCUAUAGCGGCAUUUUUGAACCGCCUGCUGGGCAGGUACGUGGAGGACCUGGACACGGAGCAAUUCAACGUCGGUAUUUUCUCCGGGGAUACGUGCCUCACCGACCUGAAACUGAAACCGGAGGCUCUGUAUCAAUUGGGAUUACCUAUUAGAGUAGAGAUCGGCUUGAUAGGAAAAAUUAUUUUGAAAAUACCAUGGUCUGGACUCUUCUCGCAACCCAUUGUGAUAUGCAUAGAGGAUGUAUACGCAGUAGCAGUACCUGCAUUAUCCGGUCCAUACGACCCGGAGAUACAGAAACGUUUGAUGAGAGCGGAAAAGAAGAAGAUACUUGAGGAUCUUAAGGAAGAUGAAAUAUUUAGAGCUGGUCUACCUCCCCAACUAUUCGAUGGUCUAUUGGCGUCAGUCACGAAGAACUUUCAGAUUACUAUAAAUAAUGUACAUAUUAGAUAUGAAGAGAAAAUAUUGCGCAACUUCCUCUGUGCCUGUGGUAUAUGUAUACAAAGUAUAUCCAUAACGACUACCAACAACAAAUGGAAGCCCGGGGUGUGUGCUACAAAUUCGCAAACGGUGUACCAGCUUAUACGCGCGGAAUCGCUCAGUGUGUACAUGGAUCACGACACUGAAUCCUGUAUAAAUGUCCAGGGUAAUUGGGACUUGUCCACUUUGCUCGCAUGGAAGAUCACGAUGCAUCGAGCCCUGCAGACAUUCGGAAUGAAGAACAAGGAGUUUCAGUUUUUGUUGAAGCCCUUCACGGCCAAGAUUAAAGUCAUCAUACACAAGGGUACAGAAACGCAAGCUUCACGUAUGUUAGUCGAUAUUGUACUGCAGGAUGUAGCGAUGCAAUUAUCCGAAGCGCAAUACGCCACGUUUUGUCAUAUUUAUGACUCUUUGUUACGUGCUACUAUUAACAGGCCACAUGCUAAAUAUCGUCCUGAGAAAAGCGUAUAUGAGGAACCGUCGUCUUGGUGGAAAUAUGCGUAUAAUUUUGUUUUGAAUCACUAUAUUAAGCCGUAUACUUGGUCGCAUAUAGCCAAUCACAGAAAAAAUUAUAGAAAAUACAAAGAGGCGUGCAUCCAAAGUUUGCAACGACCAAACGAUACAGAGUUGAAGCUGGAUAUGCAAAAACACGAAGACAACUUGACAAUAUUAAAUAUCGUAAUUGCGAGAGAGCACGCUAGACAGGAAUUGAGAAAUAAGGAUAUUGAGCGAGAGUGCCAAAUCACAACAAUGAGCCCAUCGGAAGAUGUCAAUGCAGAAACUGUAUUACCGGAUAACGAUCAAGCACAAAAUAUAACAAAUCAAUGCAACAAGGGUGAACAUCAAAACUCAUUGCCCGGUGUAACAGAAAAUUCAUCUGUUUCAAAGAUAAAGUCGGGAAAGACGCUAAAACAGAUUGAUUACAAGUUAAACUUUACUUUGGCAAAUUGCUGUCUGAGCCUCUUAAGCAAAGGCAAAGAAAUGUUGAUCGUAACCGUCACACAAUUUCUGACAAGUAUUGAGGCACGGCCUACGUUAUUAGCUUUCAAGAUAUCUGUUCGUGCUGAAAGCUUCGUAGUUGAAGCUAUAUCAACUGAUGGCGAUUUGGUUCCUCUGAUUACAGUGGAUAAUGUGUUAACAGGGAAUGUGUCCACAUAUUUUUUGGCGAUAGACUUUGAGAAAAAUGGAUUGAAUAUGGAUCCUAUUUUUGAAGUAGCCGUAAAGCUGGAAGCUAUCGAAGUGACUUAUCAUCAUUUUGCCAUAGUGGAAAUUAUAAAUUUUUUCAAAUUUAACACUAAUUACCUUCACGAUACGAUUCGCGGGAUAUACAGACUGUGGGACUGCGUCAGAAGAAGAUAUUUGAACUUUGUGGACGACAUCGUCUCGCAGACAUUGAGAAUCAGCUUCAAAAUAGAUAUAAAAAGUCCUUAUAUUAUAUUUCCCGAACACGGAUCAAUUCAAAAAGGAGGGCAUAUACUCGUUCUGGAUCUCGGUAAUAUAACGCUGACCAACGAGCUUCAAGCAACGAAUUUGCAAUUGGAAGAUGCCACUCUUAUGGAGCUAGAAGAAUUACUCUACGACAGACUCAAUAUGGUGUUCUCCGGCGCGCAAAUUUUAUUUUGUCAUUCAGGCGACGAUUGGCGGUCGGUGAGGAAACGGAGUGACUCGGAAUAUCAUUUGUUACCUAAGCUGCAAGCAAAUGUGACUAUUUCAUACAGUAUUAGACCCGAAUAUCGUCAACUACCACGGACAAAACUCAAUGUACACAUUUCAAACGUGAAAUUGAAUCUAUCGGAAAGUAAACUACGACUAUUGACAUAUUUUUUGAAUAAAUUGCUAGUAGUAUACGAAAACAACAUUGAGAAGUAUAAAGCUACCUUAAAAAAUUCGAUUUCCGGACGAAAGUCGAGUAUUAUUUUUAUUUCAACGAAAGAAUUGAUGAAAGUACAAUCCAGUGUAUGCUUGCCAUCUGUCACAAUGACGCAUAGUGAUUUUAAAUCUGUCAUUAAGGAAGUUGUAACUAAUAAUGUACCAAAGCUUGAUAGGAGUGUCGUCUCUUCGGAAGUUAGUGAAGAGGACUUGGAAUUAUUAUCUAAAACGAUUAACUUGUCCGGAUUUGAUGAUAAUAUAUCUCCGUGCAAUCACAUUAAUUUGUUACUUCGAUUUGCCAUAGGAGAGUUCUCCGUAAAUCUGGAAGAUAUGACAGAUAGCCGAGAACAGCCUUACUUAAAUUUGAGAUUGCACACUUUGUAUUACGAAACGGCUGUAAUGGAAUACGGUGUUGCUGUUCAGUUUGGCAUUGGAUCAAUUUUUCUGGUUGAUAAGACAAACGCUGGCGUUACCGGAUCGUAUCUGGAACUGAUAUCCACUGACGAAUCCUACGAAGUCCUCGUUGUGUCGUAUCGUAAGGUUAAAUCAAAUUGUCCCGAUUUCAAGUCGCACUUCAAAAAUAUCGAACGCUCGUUGGUCGUAAAUCUGCUGAAUAUCAACGUAAACUUUCACAGAUCCGCAUUGUUGAAAAUGAAAGAUUAUUGGCAUAAAUUUAAAGCCGUGUGUCACGAUACUCUCUUAUUCAAGUACGCCGAGAAGACGUGCAGUAAUAUUAUGAAAUGGGAACAGAGGAACACUGAUCCACCCAUCCCACCGGGCGCAAUUAAACUGAAUUAUUCAACCAGACUCAGCUCAUUAGUAGUGCGAUUCUGCGAUAAGGAUAUAGAUUUAAUGGAAAUUAAGAUUCUGGGCUUGGAAAACGAUUGUAUCUACAAUGCGAACGAGAGAAUGGUGUUACGUGCACAUCUCAGGAGCAUACUCGCUGAAGAUUUGAUUGAUGAUACGCUUUACUCCAAAAUUUUGACGACCGACGAAGAUAAGGUUUUUGACCUGAAAUACGUGAGACAUACACCAAGAUUAUACAAGUGCUCGGAUAUCGAUACAAAUCAAGAUGAUGUGAUGUCAGAUGGCACUUUCAAGCUUUCCAUUGGACGAAUAAAUUGUGUGAUCAUUUCUAAAAUUCUCUAUGAUUUACGGAAUUUCAUAAUACCGUUUACUUCCACGUAUUACACUCGUUUCUUAUAUUACUUGAAAAAUAAAUUCGUUGGAGGGAUUGAACUGUUUAAGAAGAGUGCGACAAAACUGCACAUUUUUAUCGACAUACAAGGGCCUACUUUUUUAUUGCCACAAAAGAAAGAUGCCCCAAGUCUCCUGGUGUUUGAUACAGGUAUAUUAUCGGUUGAAAACUUUUUUAAGAACAGUGGGCAGUCAGUACAAUCGAACAAAAUGACCGCUAGCGAUAGCAAUCCAUUGAUAAUUGACAACAUUUUGGUAAAAUUGAAAUCCAUGACUGUGUCUAGAGCCAUUAUGACUCUAACUCGAGAUCUAGAAGUCCAGGAACCCAUUAUCGAACCUAUACAAAUUCAGUUGGAUAUCAAGAGAAAAACAGAAUACCGUAGCAUUAUUGAACUUCAAACUUAUGGUUUAUUCAACAUGCAAGGAGCUAUUGAUGUCGUAAAUAUAAACUUAAGUCAGAGGGAUCUCAAAUCUCUCAUAUCAGUGUGGCAAGAUAACAUUUCUAAAAUACCGUUGCUUAAGAAAAUCGAUGAGACCGAAGAUAGAAUUUCAGCGCAAGAUUCUCAAAAGAAUGCCAAUCACGACGACGAUGUUAUGGUAAAGAAACUGGAAAACUUCUUAACGCACAAUGAAACAGCACUGUGCGAAGUUAACAUAAAACUUGCGUUGGAGGGAUUGCAAUUAAAUUUAUUUAUGGAUACAGAGGAGGUGUUGAGUUCUCCUGUGCGCGAUUUAAAUCACGGUUUGUGUAAGCUGAGUUUCGGAGAAACUAUAAACACUUGGGAUUUUUAUAGCGACAAGAGUUUGAAAAUGAAAUUGUCUUUGCAAAGCUGUUUAUUGCACGACACUCGCAAGGACUCGGUCGUUGAGAAGAGGAUAAUACAAUCGCCGGCAACAUCCUUAGAGAAGAACUUGGAGUUCUGUAUUUCUGUGUCGAUGUCUCCUAUAGUCGACGUCACAUACAGUCGUACUCAAGCAGAGGAAAAGUGUUUCGACGUUCUUAUUCAGGACAUACGAAUUAAUUUGUCUGUGCCUUUCUUGAUGCACUUGGGACGUUAUUUUCUAGAUUCCUUACCCGGCGAACAGAUAGAGAAAGGAAUUAUCAACCACGGAUAUGAUAAUAAUAACCAGACGAACCGGAAUGCUUUAAACGCAGAAAUUGACAAAUUAAAUCGCUCCCAAUAUUUUAAGGAGCAACCAGGUACUUCUAUAUCAAUUCGAAUACAAAAACCAGAUAUCUUUCUAUUCGGCGACUUGGAGAAGAGUAGCACGCACGUGAUACGAAUGCAAGCGGAAGUGUUUAUCGAAAGUAGUAGACAUAGCCGGUCCUCUUCGAUAGUCUGCACUCUGACUAACGUCAAUGCCAAGACUAAAGGACAAGGGAAUUACGAGUCACCGUGUUGGUUGUUACGUCCCUGUGAUGUAGAAAUUUGUAAAAAGAAGUUGUCUUGCGGUAAUGAGGAAAUUACCGUUGCUAUAAAUGGUAUUAAUAUACAUCUAUCGGCGGAAGUAAUACAUACUUUUAUCGACAUAUUAAAUGAAGCAUCGACUUUCUUGAAUAGUAUUAAUUCGAAACCAGACGACGGCAGUAAUCAGAAUGCAAAUGCGCAUAAUAAUCUUUGGACCCCAAGAAAAGUUUCUAGUAUACCGUACAAGAAAACCGACGAAGGCGAAACGGAAUUGUAUCGUCGUCGACGCGAUCAUGUAACAUUUAAUUUGAGACCCGUGUUAAUAUGUUUAUUGCUGGAAAUGGAAAACGCCGUAGGAAGAUUUCCAGUAAUGAAAAUGGAGACUGUCAUCACCGCUACCGUUAAUGAUUGGCGUAAUAAUUUUCACUUCGAAUCUAAUGUAAAACUUCACGCAUUCUGCUACAAUAGGGCUCGCCAGAAUUGGGAGCCAUUUGUCGAGUUUUACACGAAAGACGACGCAAACUAUAAACCAUGGGAAUUCACUAUCAAGAUAUAUCGAGGCGAAGCGAAUCUGAUUAACUCCAAUUGGACGGAUCCUUGCCAUCACAUAAAGCAAGAUCCGAUGAAAGCGAGAAAGAGAUACGCGCAAUAUAAUGGGGAGGAGAUGACAGAUAUGACAUUUAUUGGACCUGACGCUGAUAUGAUUUCGAUCACAAGAACAGAUCCUGAAACCUACGUGACAUAUGAGGAUGAAUCCGACACGGACGAUGAUGAGAGCGAUACGAAAUUAACGAGGAUUUCGAGUUAUCUAUUCAAUAAUAAUAGCGACGACGAAGAAAGCGAUUCCGACGACUCGAGUACAAACGAAGACGAGGAAUUCGAAUUGAUACUAGACUGCAAUCCUGAAUGUUAUAAUCCCGUCGCGCGUCCGUCGACGAAAACGACUCUCACCGCGCCGUACAUCAUUCUAUGUUCGGAGGAGAAAAUUAAUAUUACCAUAACGCAAGACAUGAUCGCAACGUGGAACGCAAUGUCGAACGCGUUCACGCAGGCGAGGGUUGGAAUCCCGUUUGUGCCCACUAACGCGCGGGAAUUGACCGUGCUGAACGACAUAGGUCAUGCGAGUCGAGUGGAGCUGCUUGUCCAAGAGCAGGUGGACGGGAACAGUGACACGCGCGUCGUAGCCGCGUACAGUUUUCACGACGGUAGCUCGCCGGUCAGUGUACCCAGCAGUCCUGAGAACGAACAGACGGAUCUCACGAGUCCGCAGUGGGCCGGUAAAGAAACCACUCUGAUCGUAUCGGAGUGUAAAUUUUUCCCCAUUGACUCGCCAGUCAACAUCUACAAAUCGAUAACCGGCGAACUCCUUCGUGUCGUAUUUGAAGGUUUCGAAGACGUGUUGGUGUACUGCCCGAAGAAAGAAACCCGUAAUCUCGUAUCACUUCGUCCGGUGAGACACGACGUUCGUUACUACCUGGUGAUAGAGGCGACGAUAAACAGUUAUUUACACCGAACGAUUUGCGUGCGAUCUCCGUUACAGUUUCGAAACGAGACCUCGUAUGCGUUGGGACUUUAUUACAAGAAAGCGGUGAUAGACAAAUUGGGCCUGACGCUAACCGGCGAAACCACGAAUCCUUUUGAUCAUAAUGUGAGAAUGGCGAUCAUAGAACCUGACGCAACUUAUAACAUUCCUCUAUACAUAGCGUAUCAUUGCCCGAUACACAUUCUUCCUGCAUAUCUAGAGAAGUAUCAAGUCAGUGACGAAGGGAUUUAUUGGAAAGAUUUAAGGGGUACAGCAAAUGCAUUUAAAGACGUGUGCUGCGAGGCGAAAGGCGACAAUAAUCGUAAUGUAUUCUGUGUCAGGGUGAUAUGCACGGAACUCCCGUUAAUGACUCGUCCCUCCGGCUGUCAAGUGCCGAAUUACUUGAUAAAUAUCGUACCACCUGUUAUUUUCAAUAAUCAAUUACCCUUCGUCAUCGAUGUCGGUAUACCUGGCAUCAAUUACGAGGUGAAAAUCGAACCCGGGGAGAAAAUUAACAUGCACUCUCUGAAUCACAGCAAUAGCGUACAGUUCGUUUUCAAGGUACACAACUAUUUAGGCACGUCUUGGAUGGGCGCAGUAAAACUAAAUAUGAAUCUAGAACGCAAGUUCGUGUUGAUGUCUGCAGACAGCGAGUCGGACUUAACGAAGCCUUUUUUGCUGUGCUUAGAAUUGUGCAAGAUUCUCAGUUGGAACAUCAUUAUACAGUCGCAGUAUUGGAUAAUAAAUAAGUCUGGCUUGCCGUUGUUUAUCCAGGAUUGCCAUUCUCAUAUAACGUACGAAAUGCCGGAAGAGGAGUUAAUGGUGUUCUCCCAAAAGAACAAUAAAAGGAGCAUGGUGCGAUUAAGGGCCCAUCAAUCCGAAUGGUCAAUGCCAUUUGGACUGGACGGGAUCACAUCGAUGUCGUUGAUCGUAUGUCGCGAUAUCGAACGCGGACGAAAGUAUCAGAUCUUAACGGAGAUAGAGAGCUCCCGUUUGUCGCCGAUUUUCACGAAGAUUAUAACGUUUCUACCGUACUUCUUUAUUUGCAACAAAACUAAGAGGGCCUUGAGGUUCAUGGAGGAGAAUGAAGAGGCCGAUCUUUGGAACGACCUCUUACCCGGGCAAGAGAUGUCGUUCUGGCCCGCCACUGAGUCUAUGAAGAUGAAAAUAAAGUGGAGGAACAGCCAAUUGGUCUCGCAACACUUCGGUAUUACGCAUGUGGGUAAAACUGUGCUGAGAAUGGAUAAUGGGUCGGCGCUAUGUGUGGAGAUCGAAGGCGGCGUCAGUGCUCCAUACCGCAUAAUAUUUCGGAGAUACGUUACCGGCGACAUACCUGUGAGAGUGGAUAAUCUCUGCGACAAAUUGUUUCUGAAGCUGAAUCAAGUUGAUCUAGGCCAAGUAGCGCUGCUCAAACCGUUUCAAAGUUUGCUGUACACUUGGGACGAUCCUACUCAGACCAGAGAAUUGAUCUGGAACGUUUACAAUAAUAACGCGGCCGGCUACAGAGCGCUAUUCGAGACGGACGGCUGCGGGCACGAAAAGGUGUCCUUCGUAACCAUCGAACGACGCCACAGCGUGUCUCAUUCUUCCGUCACUCCCAAGUCACUGGCGAAUACGAAGUCAUGGUCGGAGGACACGAGUGGUGUCAAUCACGUUCCCAGCGCGGAAACCGAGACGAAGUCGCAAACGUUAGAGGAUAUGCAUCAGGAUGAAGCGGAGGUUUACUGGGUGAGCUACAUGGAAGGUGAACAACGUGUGCUGCUAUUCACGCAGCACAAGAGCGUGUACCUGAAAGCGAGGAGCAUUAUCGAUCCCGAAGCGAGCAAGAGAGAAAUAUUCUUGUCAAUCGCAGCUAUCGGAAUCAGCGUUGUUGUACAGGAAUCCAAUUUGCAUAACGCCAGACGGGAGUUGCUGUACGCCAGUGUGAUCGACUCCACCGCGCAUUGGGAGCUUUACUUCAGCAAACGAUGGAGAAAUCUGUCGCUGGAGCUGAGCGCCUGGUUAGAAAAUAAAUACACGAAUUCGGUGAAGACGGCGCAGCUCGAGAAUUUCAUUGACGUUGACUUCACAAAAAUGCAGAUGACCAAACCGUUCUUCGGCAAAUUACGAAGGACGUAUUCGCCAGGUAUCUGGUUGCAUUGCAGGGAAUCCACGACGCUUUGUUAUUUGCAAGGAUAUGUUCACAGGAUACAGAUCGAUAAUCAAUUGAGCGAAACUACCUUUCCGGUAGUUCUGUAUCCCAACUUGCAAAAGACUUUUGUGAAUUAUGCUGGAAGCCGCAGAUUGAAACAUUGCUUGGAGUUCUCGUAUCUGAAACAACGCAAAUUAAGGAGCAUUAUUUACAAAGGGGUAUGUGUCAUCGUCAGGGAGUUUAAUUUGAAUCUAGAAGAGGCCUUUCUCUGCUCCUUGAUCAAUUUGGUACCCAAGACACCGGAAACUAAACACUCGAUCGCCGCGAAACUCAGGAGAGAUGUGUCUAAUAUGCGCGUUCCUUCGCUUCGCAAAAUUGAUAAUGACAUAAACAGCAAGAGCAGGCAUUUAAUAGAGCAGAUAUACAUCUCCCCGAUGGUAUUGCGCUUGAAAUUAUUGGCCAACCCGGAUGGAUUUAACGCGCGUAACUUCAGCAAUGUGGACGGUUAUAACAAUGUUCUUCGAUUUAUUUUCGAGUAUGCAGAGAAGGGUACGUUUGAGAGGGACGUUGAAUUCAGAUUGCUCGAUUAUCGAAAGAGUUUCAUUGCCGUGAACAGGGAGCGAUUCCUCUCGCAUCUUUCGCGCGUUUAUGUCGCGCAGAUUAUGGAACAGUUUCACGUGUUGGUGCGCUUAACUACCGUCCUGGGAAAUCAGUAUGGCUACAACUUUAAGUCAUCAGGGAGCAAUUUCUGCGAGUCGGAUUUGUUAUUGAUGUGCGGAGACGAGUCUGCGGAGAGGCUGGCGCACGAGGUCGCAUGCGAGCUGGGACAUGCUACGCCCGACGGUAUGCAAGCCUCAUUUUUAAGCGGCCACGACGGUCACACACUUCAUUACAAGAUGAAAGAUACGAAUUAUCGGAAUCCAGAUGUGCCGCCUUCAGCGUUUUUAGUCGAUCAUUCGUUCGCUACAGAAAUUGAUCUGGAGACGUCCGGCUUGAUCACUACGUCGACGAACAGCAUUCAUCGAGAAGAAUUAAGAUAUUUCUUCAAAACGUUGGGAAAGAAAACAUCUAUGCUGUUCAAGGCGGAAAGCUCUUAUUCGAAUGUAAUAACGGACAUGAUAAAAAGGGCGCAAGAAGUGGGUCUCGUAUCCAGAAUGCGAUUGCCGCGGUACAUUAAUCCACAUUUCGGUGUGGAGUUGUUCUCGACGCACAAAGCGAAGGGAGCGUACUUGUUGAACGCUAUAAGUAAAGGGCAUUGCAUUCAGAACGAUUCUUAUUGGGGACACGCUGCGCUCCAUAGCGACGGAAAGUACAUUACACUCGUAUCUUUGCAGCGGAUAUAUUACAUCGAGAAAGCAAAUGCAUGGGGAUCGUGGAACGUGAAAUGGACUUUAGAGACUAAUCAGUUGCUGUCACCACCAACCAUCGCCAAGAACAAACUUGUUUUGCAUAUAACAGAGACCGAGGAAGAGACGUCGUCGUCCAUGGUAGAUUGGUACGUGGAGAGCGAGGCCGCGGACAUCCUGGAAUGGCUGUGUCGCAAAAUGAACAACGCAAUGAUCCUGAACAUGGAGAGCAGCAUUUGUUCCAAAUGAGAAUGUGGAGUUUGUUGACGAGGCCACCGUAAGGAGGAAACAGAAGAGAACAAAGAGGAUGAAGAGAUCAGUGUAUUUACAUAUUUAGUUCGGCGUAAUAAAAGUCUAUACGGUGAAUGCACAAAA